ACUUAGAGAGAGAGAGAGAGAGAGAGAGAGAGAGAGCGCUUAGAGAUAUAUAUAUAUAUAUAUAUAUAGCUUAGAGAGGGAGAGAGGGAGAGAGAGGGGCGAGCGCGAAUCGAGUUAAGUGAAAGGGAGGAAGAAGAAUGGAGGAAGAAGGAAGGGGGGAGGGGAGGAAGAUUUUGAAGAUAACACCGGUAUAGCGCGUCCCUCGUUGAGGUUCUUAGCGCCGGUGCCUCGUUAAUUACACCUCGUACCUCGAUCGUAAUUACCCCUCUCUGCCACAUAAUGAGUCGAUUACCAAAGAUGGGGACGGAAAGAGAGGAGAAGAAGAAGAAGAAGAGAGAAAAAGAAAGGAAAACUUUUGCCGUUGUCCAUAUUCGUCAUCCUCGAGCCGAGAAAAGGAAGGGAAAAAAAGAAGGAGGUUUCUGGACAGUUUCUGGACACGAUAAAAAUAUAUACAUAUAUUCUCGUCAUAUUCGAAGAGAAUAAUUUCGUCGGGAUAAUAACGAGGAAUUUUAUCGACUCGAGCGUAUCUCGAAUACCUUGUGUACUUCGUCUUUAUCUUGAAUUCCUGCUUGUAAAAAAUUGAUCUAUGAAGUCGAAGAAAGCGAGUGAGCCGGGAUCAGAGGUCAUCGAGAGCAAGAUAUUGGUCGUCGCAACAUCGUCCUUCUCCCUUCGCUUUACCUUGACAUCUCGUGCCUGCCUGCCUGCCUGCCUGCCUGCGCGCGAUUCCUCUGGCGGGGAGGAGGAGAGGGGAGCAGACGUUAUUGUUUCGCGAAAAUCGAGAUAAUUUUGUCAUGGACGAGUCCGAUGACAGGCGCCAAGGAUGAGAAGAGGAGGUAUCCAUCCCGAAAAGAAGAGACCGAGAAGGACAGAAAGUCGUAAAUACGUCGCGCGAAACGGCGAAUCUUAAAUUUCUCUCCCGAGAUCGAUGGAGGGGGAAUGGAAAAGCGACGGCGCGCGACACUUAUCCGAUCGUUAAUUUCUCCAUCGUUGUAAAAUCGCACGGCGGAGAUAAGAUAUUUAUCAUUGACAGUUAUUGUUAUCGUCGCGAUAAAAUUUAAUCGAGACCCUUCUUUUUUUAUUUUUUUCUUACAACCUGCAUGCGUCACGCGAUUUCCUGUUCCCCAACGACGCAUCCACCGUUCAUCCAUCCAUUCACGAUAUUCGUGAAUCGUGCUUCCACGCGUUCCAUCCGUUAGAGAGUACGUUGUAUACCGUUCCUCGCUUCGUGUUUCGAUGAGAUUCGCAAUCCUCGCAUUAGAGAAUACAUUAUUAAGAAAAAUAUGUAUUCCAAUUAUCUCUGUAUUUCGACGCAUCCAUUAGAAGAAUAUGUUGUUAAGAAAAAUAUGUAUUCCAAUUUUCUCUGCGUUUCGACGAUAUUCCAAAUCAUCCACUGUUUCUUAGAGAAUAUGUUGUAAAGAAAAAUAUGUAUUGCAAAUAUGUAUUCUCUGUCGACAAUCGAUGCAUCUAUUAUUAGAGAAUAAUUAGAGAAUAUUAAAAUUAGAGAAUAAAUUAGAGAAUAUUAUUAAAAUUAGAGAAUAAUAUAUUAUUAGAGAAUAUAUUAUUAUAAUAUAUUAUUACACGUUGUAAAAAAAAUAUGUAUUCCGAUUUUGUAUUCUGUAUUUCGAUAAUCGACACAUUUAUUUAUUUAUUUAUCUAUUAGAGAAUACGUCGUAAAAAAAAAAAAAAUAUGUAAAGUUCCGAUUAUCUCUAUAUUUUGAUGAUCGAUGCAUCUAUUGCUUAUUAGAGAAUAUGUUGUUAAGAAAAAUAUGUAUUCCAAUUAUCUCUGUAUUUCGACGCAUCCACUAGAGAAUAUGUUGUUAAGAAAAAUAUGUAUUCCAAUUUUCUCUGCGUUUCGACGAUAUUCUGAAUCAUCCACUGUUUAUUAGAGAAUAUGUUGUAAAGAAAAAAAUGUAUUCCAAAUAUGUAUUCUCUGUAUUUCGACAAUCGAUGCAUCUAUUAUUAGAGAAUAAUUAGAGAAUAUUAAAAUUAGAGAAUAAAUUAGAGAAUAUUAUUAAAAUUAGAAAAUAAUAUAUUAUUAGAGAAUAUAUUAUUAUAAUAUAUCAUUACACGUUGUAAAAAAAAAAUAUGUAUUCAGAUUUUGUAUUCUGUAUUUCGAUAAUCGACGCAUUUAUUUAUUUAUUUAUCCAUUAGAGAAUACGUUGUAAAAAAAAAAAAAUAUGUAAAAUUCCAAUUAUCUCUAUAUUUUGAUGAUCGAUGCAUCUAUUGCUUAUUAGAGAAUGCGUUGUUAAGAAAAAUAUGUAUUCCAAUUAUCUCUGUAUUUCGACAAUCGAUGCAUCUAUUACUUAUUAGAGAAUAAUUAUUAGAGAAUAAUAUAUUAUUAUAAUAUAUUAUUACACGUUGUAAAAAAAAUAUGUAUUUAGAUUUUGUAUUCUGUAUUUCGAUAAUUAUUACUUAUCCAUUAGAGAAUACGUUGUUAAUUAUCUCUGCGUUUCUACCGUUUAUCUAUUACAAAAUAUAUUGUAUUUCGUUCUUCUUUUUCGAUGAUAUUCGCAAUCAUAUUUCGACGCAUCUGUCGUUUAUCGAUUAGAAAAUAUGUAUUUCGAUAAUCGAUGCAUCUAUUGCUUAUUAGAGAAUAUAUUGUAAAAAAAAAAUAUAUAAAAUUCUGAUUAUCUCUGUAUUUCGACAAUCGAUGCAUCUAUUGUUUAUUCAUUACAGAUUAUAUUCUAUUUUUCUCUUCAUAUUUCGAUGAUAUUUUCAAUCAUGUUUAUAUAUUGUAUUUUCUACAUGUAUUCGACGAUCGAUAUAUCUACUAUUUAUUUAUUAAAAAAUUAAUUGUAUUCUUCUCUUCAUAUUUCAAUCGUGCUUCGAUCAUUUCGGCGGAAAUGGAUUUUCGAAAUCGGUCGAUUUCCAGUGGUGCGAAAGAGGGGAGCAUUCCUGGACCGAAAUGAGCGAGGGACAGAUCCUGGAGGAGAGAUAGUCCAGUGGGAGCGUGCGGUGUCCUUCGUGGCGUUGCUUGCCCUUUGUCCGUCCACGUGAAAAAUGACUGCGGCGAAUGAUCAUCGGUGUACAACACGCACGGAUGAAAAAAGAGGGACGCGGAACGCGCGAUAAAUCUUUGCGAGUAAACGGCCGAUCGCUUCUUACGCCUCGGUGACAAGAAACUACCACCACUCGAUGCUUUUUCUUACGCGUAUUCGGAGUUAAAAGAUAGGAUUCUCUCUCUAUCUCCUUCGUUUAUCCACCACGACAACGAGAAAGUUGGAUCGAGAUCGUUUUACUUCUUUUUUUCUUGGAAGACCGAUGUAAGACAGCUUGUAAAUUGGUGAAUUAUCGAAAUUAUUCGGAAUCGAGCAAUCCGAGGUUGGUCGAGUUUGGGGGGAGAAGAUAAAUUUUUGUAAAGAGAGAGAGAAAAAAAAAGGAAAAGGAAAUAGCAAUUCGCUAUUCAAUGUUGUAACAAGAUAACAAGGUUCGAUAACGCGCGCGAUGAUACGUUUGUCGAUUAUGUAAAUACAAUAAACAACUUUAAACGAGCAAUUACGCAAGACCCGGAUCACUGCGGGGAGAAGCGGCAUCCACCGAUCGAUAAUUGCCAUUAAGAUUAUGUAAAACGAGUUUUUAAACGAUAAUUAGCGAAAUAAUUAAAGCGAGUGGACAGAUUUAAUAAUAAUAAUAAUAAUAAGUAUCCACGGUUGGAAAGGACAUACACCUCCCUUCUUUCCCUUCUCCUUCGAUUCCCCGUUCAUUCAAAGCUUGGAUCCAAUUCGUGCGUCGUAUACAAGGAAGAAAGUAAGCAAGAAACAUCUUCCGCUUUUGCGACACUUUUCGAGCUCUAUCACCGAUAAACACCGCCACGAGUUAUCCUUAUCGAGAGUACAACGCGGCCACUGUGCGCUUGGUGCGAUUCCCAGUCUCGCUUAGUUCCUGGAACUAAGCGAGGCAGUGAUAAACGCGGCAAGGUCGUGGCGGUGGCGGUGGCGGCGCGCGCGGCAUGGGAAACGAACAUGGCAACCCCCGUUCGGCUCCACGCCGCUCCACGACGUGUCCAGGAUCGUUAAUCAGCGCAGCGCCCCGGCUACCAUGGGCCCCGAUGGAGCCGUAAAAUCGUGUUCGUUUUGCGCUCGAAAACGCGUCGAGCCGCUACGCCUGUAUUCAUUCGCGCCUCGUGCCAACCUCCGCCUCGCUCGCGGAUACAUACGCCAAGCCUCAUACAUUUAUUCACCGAGUAAUUGCAACUUUACACGCGUGACACCACGCGAGCCGAGGACACGAGUUUCCUCCCCCACCUUCUUUCUUCUUUCCCUCUCUUUCGUUUCUUUCGAUCGUCGUCGAAAGCUUCGUCGUUUCGCGAAAAGCGUAUCAUAUACGUAUCGUUCGACGAGUAAAAACGGUUUUCGGAUCGAUAAAUUAGGAAGUGACGGUAGUCGGUAUUCGUAAGGCGACAAGUCACGGAAUCUCUAUCGUGCGCUUUGUUUGGGGGCAAUUAAAAACUCGUACAGUGCGCAGCUGCGAAACUUCGUUUCGGUGCGAAAAAAAGGGAAAAAAUUGUUUCGAUACAGAGACGGUAUUGAUUAUCGCCAAUUUAUCUUCGAUCCUUCGAAGGUAAACCUGUUGGAAACAAUAAUAGCACGGGGGAAUAUAAAAUUUUCGUAUCCUUAUCCAACCGCUCAAUUUUCCAUUGAACAUAUCGAUAGUUCUUCCUUUUUUCUCUCUCCUUUCGAUCGAACGACGCGACAUCUGCGAGCUUAAAUUCCACCGGCGUGUUCCGUGUCUCGCGUAUCUAGUGAAUUUUCUGAAAUCACGAGUCGCCGCCGUUUGGCGCCCGAGCAACGAACGAAAGUAUGGGCGUCAGGAAUUUCGCCUGCGAAUCGCGAGGAAUUCGGUGAACCUGCAACGCGGCAUAUGCUUCGGUACGUUGCUACCUUGAUAUAUACCUGCUAAACUGUUCACGAGAGCGUAUUCACGGGAAGCGCCAUAUGCGUGGUCGAUUAGGUUAUGGGUGGCAACCCCACAUGGUCUGUGGCGAGGAAAGAAGGAAGGUGGUGGCGCGCACGCAUAAAUUCCCUUCCUCUAGGUCGAGUGCUACCUGUGCGUUAUUGUGUGGCGUGCGCAUGCGCGCGUGCGCGCAAACGUCAGCCGGUAACGAAAUGCCGACACGUGGAAAUCGAUAUAUUUCCAAGGUGGACCUGUGUAUUUGCAUUUUAAUACUUUUUCGCCGUGUUAUUUAAAAUUUCAUGUUUAUCGUUAAAUUUGUCAUCGCUCUAUUCGUCCUUCUUCGUUCUUAACAAAAUAAACUACUUCUAUCAAGCGUUUAUAUCGGGAGUAAAAAAAAAAAGAAAAAAGAAAAGUAUAUAAGUAUUCAAUUAUGGUAUAUCCUAAAUUGGAAAAUGGUAAUUACGCCCUUGUAACAUUUUGCAGUUGAAGAGUACCAUCUUGUCCGAUCUUGUUCCGAAGCUUUUUCCUUUUUUCUCGGUUCGGGUCGUUUAUUAGCCGACAACAGUUUCAUUAACGCAGAAAAGCCGAUACUCCGAUCGACCUCGAGAGAAAUCUUGUGAAAAAAAAAAAAAAGAAAGAUAAAAUCGUAAUAACUCUUCAAUAGGAGUUUUAUUAUCGAUCUUUCGAUAACGAGACACGAGAUCAUUUAAUACAAAUAUUAAUUACACGAUAAAUUCGCAAACGUGGAAUAAUUUGUUUUCAGUUUCGAGUCACAUUUACGUUACGUAACGUAAAUUCGUUGUUCGACUCGAACAAUGCGCAAUUAGACUCGUCUGGCUCGGCCGGUUGGACGAUAUUUUAAGACUUUGUUUUAAGAUACUUCUAACAACGCUUUUGCAUUUAUUUUUCAGAUACAACGCGAUCUCUCUUCAGUGUUAAUUUCACGAUAAUUAUCGGUGAUGUGGCCAGUUAGCCUGACCGACGUGGUUCAAGAAUAUAAUUACGGAACAAAUUGUCCAUUCAAAGGUUCAAGGACGAGCGGGAAGGAGAUAACUCUCUAAAUUGCUCUUAAAUCAUUAAGUAAGAAGUUGAAAUCUACUCGUAAGCGCGAGUAGAAGGAUGAAAAGGAGCGAGAGGUUCGAGUGUUAUCAGUGAUCGAUAACGGCGAAAUAGAUGGCGGAAGGAGCAAGGAGGACGAAAGAGGGCGAUUCACGAAGAUGAGAAUCUCGGGCGUUGUAGGGCCUUUGGAUGGAUGGAGGAAAGUGGUGGGGAUGCGGACAGGGGUAUGGGGCGCUGCAAGCCAGUAGGGUGGGAAAGAGGGGGAGAAGAUGGGGGUUUAGGGCCCGAGAUCGAGUAUGAGGCCUUAUGGAGGGGAUAGGCGCGUGCCCGCCCUGGCUAUAUAAGGCCUCGAACCCUUCUUAGUAAGGCAUUUCGGGAGCCAGAUCCGUGCCGUGAGCGUCAAGGGUGCGGUUUUUUUUAAAAGUUUCUCGACUUUACCGAUCUUCUCGUCACGUACAAACCGUGCGAUUUCCGACGUCUCGUUUAUUUUCUCUCCACUUUUUCCCGAGCGACGCGUUCCUCGUGUGUUUCCUAUAUCCCCCCCCCCUCCCCACCUACCUUUCUCUCUCUCUCUUUCCACGACUCGCAGAGCACGCGUCGCCGCCGAAUUACGUCCUCGAGUUGGUGAGACAAGGAGGGGGAUUAUCUUCUCUUCCCUCUCUCUCGGCCGGAGAGAAGAAUCGGAUCGUGGCCGUGCUCGAUCGGCGGCCCUCGAUCCAACAGUUCCGUUCCGUGCAGUUCUUCGGUCGUCCACGAACAACAACAACAACAACCAAUCAUCGUGAUCAUCAUCAUCAUCGUCAUUAUCAUCAUCGAUCGGAGGAUUCCGUCGGUCAAGGUCGUCCGGCACGCGCUCCAGCGCGCUCGCGCUCUCCUCCGUGCGAGCGGGAGCGGAGUCCCCGCGGGAGGGCGCGGGGGAGGAGGAGGAGGCGGGAGGAGGGGGAGUCAGUGAUAUGACCUUAGUGGGAUCGGCGAAGGAGGGAAUAUCGAGCCGAGCGUUGCCCGUCAUGUUGAGCGUGCAGCACCACCACCACCACCACCACCACCACCACCCCAACCAUCUUCAUCACCACUCGGUCGGCUCGUCGGCUGCCGGCGGCCAAAGCCACGCGCGGGGCAACGUGAUCGUCUCCGCUGCGGGCACCGCGCAGCAGAGUGGAGGCGGUGGAGGCGGAGGGGACAUCGGCAAGAUCCAGCAGCACGGUUGCAAGCGGUCCAAGAUUUACGGGCAGGGGGGCGGCCCGUACGGGACCGUGCCCCAUCAACCGGCCUCGGUCGCGAGGCGGAACGCGCGCGAGCGGAAUCGCGUCAAGCAGGUGAAUAAUGGAUUCGCCACGUUGAGGCAGCACAUACCGCAGAGCGUGGCCCAGGCGUUGGGCGGGAGCACGGCGGGGACCCACGGCGGGUCCAGGGCGGGCAGUAAAAAGCUGUCCAAGGUCGAGACGUUGAGGAUGGCGGUCGAGUACAUAAGGAGUUUGCAGCGCCUUUUGGAGGAGCACGACACCGGCUCGGACGUGGCGAGCGUGUCCUCCCCCACGUCCUCGUCGUCGUCGUCGUCGUCUUCGUCGUCGUCGUCGUCUCCCCCCUCCUCCGCCUCGUCCACGUGCAGCUCGACGAACGGGAUAGGCGUGGAGGCGUCCGCGCUGCGCCACUCCUCCCCGGAGCUCAGACUUCGAGGGAACGGCAACGCUGGGAGCGGCAAUAACAAUAACAAUAACAGUAACGGUGGUAAUAAUAACAAUAACAACAACAACAACGAAAUUCGACACCACGCCGAUCUGCACCGGCACCAACACCUCAGACAAAAUCCAAGCCCGACCUUCGUCCCUUGCUCCGAGGCCUCGAGCUCGCCCACGCCGAGCUUCGUCUCCGAGGCGUCGUCGGCCGGCAGCCAGGGCUACGCCACCUCGGCCACCCUUUACGCACCGCACUCGGACGGCUACGACAAUUACGAGCCAAUGAGCCCCGAGGACGAGGAGCUGCUCGACGUCAUCUCGUGGUGGCAACAGAGUCAAUGAACGUGUUCGCCCAUCCCUUUCCAAGGUUAUAGAAACAAUGGGGAAUGGCGGAAAAAAAAGCGCAGAAACGACGAACGCUGUUCUAACGCUGUGAUCUAGUCAUAUUGUAAUAAUAUUUUUGUAAUAACGAUUGUAAUAAUUUUACGAACGAGGGCAAAUCGAAUUAGAUUAGAAUUA